AUGUACAAAGUUUAUGAGACGUUCCGCCCCACUCAUAAAGGGGAUUUGCUGGAGUUGAGCAACCGUCCCUACAAGUGGGCCUCACCCAGCCACGCAUUGAGCAACAAGGACCCAGGAACGUGGUUUACUGGUCAACCACAGGAGACGCUUCACGACUGCUCGGCUAUCAGGUACACUCAGAAGCCCGCGCCGAUCCUUGAAGCGAGACUUAUAGCCCAUGUCCCAGGGACGGCGAUCGAGAAUGGAGCGACCAUGGCGCCAUGGUCCCUGCGGAACCAUCGCAGACGCAUUUCCGCCAGUCACCUUGGCCCCGUACCAGUUGCAACCUAUUACCUAAGGGUGAGAGCGAUCGACGCUAGCGGCGGUACUGUAGCCACUUCACCGAGCACCAGUUUCUCAGUCUCCUGUCAAAGUCCGAUCUCCCCUGAGAACGUGCGCCUGGACAGAGUGUCAGAGGACCGGGUACGGAUCUCGUGGACAUUCCCUAGUGAAGAUCCAGCUUGCCAGACAUACUUCUUCAUCAGUGGCAUGCAGAAUGGCGUCCCAGUGAGUCAUCGAGUGCCUGGCAGUGAACGCAGUUAUGACAUUGAAGGCCCCGCCCGAGGCGAUUGGCGUGUUGAAGUACGGGCCGUGAAUUCGGCAGGAUCAGGACCAGCUUCACAGCAAGCGGUUUUCACCAGUGCGCAACAAUUCCGUAAGCAUCAGCGUCAUCGUCGCAGUGUUUGCGACCCUCGCACGGAUUUUUGGUGUCGUUCGGAUUCACAACAAUCAUCAGCCUAUCAGUACUUAGAAGUCGGAGGAGGUAGCGUGCCACACUAG